CGCCUGCGCACCUGCGGAGCGCGGACCCAAUUGUCCAGUCUCUGUGGCUCUCACCGGCCCAGAUCGCGGGGCCGCGGGAGGACGCCCUGGACACCCAGGACCUGCGCGGAGAUGGACUCAGUGGUCUUUGAGGACGUGGCUGUGAACUUCACCAUGGAGGAGUGGGCUUUGCUGGACCCGGCUCAGAGGAAGCUCUACAGAGACGUGAUGCUGGAGACCUUCAGGAACCUGGCCUCCGUGGGUUCUUGCCCUCAAGUUAAAACCAGUGGAUCAAGUCCUCAAUGGGAUAUUUUGGAGAAUGAACUAUGCAGUGAAAAGAAAAUAGUAAGAUGCACAAGAAAUGAUUCCUGUUCUGUUUUUGGAGAAAACUGGAUAUUUCAUAACAUCCGAGGUCACCAAACCCAGGAGAGGGAUUUCAGAAAUGGUUUGGUGGAGAAUCUCUGCAAAGGUAAUGAAGGUCAUCAAUGUGGAGAAACCCUGAACCAGAUUACACAUCUUACUGUGCAUAAGGGUUUUCCGACUAGAAUUCAGCCCUAUAAAUGCACUAAGUGUGGAAAAGCCUUCAGGGAUCGUUCUUUCCAGAAGAAUCAUCAAAGAUCUCACCCUGGACACAAACAUUAUACAUGUGAAGAAUGUGGGGAAGCCUGCAGCUGUGUCUCGUGCCUAAAUCCUCCUGGGGAAACAGACAUUGUAGAGAAACCCGAAAAACAUCAGGAUGCUGGGAGAGCAUCUAAGAGAUAUGUGAAGAGUGGCAGUAGUAAACAGUUUUCAGAGUGUAAGAAAUCUGGAAAAGCUCUCACUUGUCCCUCAUCCUUUAAGGGACGUGAGAGAGGUCACCAUGGACAGAAAAUCCAUGUGUGUAAAGUAUGUGGGAAAUCCUUUAUGUAUUAUUCCUACCUUGCACGGCAUGUGAGAACUCACACUGGAGAGAAGCCCUAUGAAUGUAAGGAAUGUGAGAAAACCUUCCGAUAUCCUGCAUCCCUGGGAGGACAUGUGACGAUACACACUGGAGAGAAACCUUACAUGUGUAAGGAAUGCGGGAAAACCUUCAGUUGUCCCAAAUACUUCAGAAGACACGUGAAAACACACAGUGGCAUGAAACCCUAUGAAUGUACGGAAUGCGGCAAAGCCUACAGUUGCUCUUCAUCCCUUCGAGAACACACACGAACACACAGCGAAGAGAAACCCUAUGAAUGUCAGCACUGUGGGAAAGCCUUCAGGCAUCAGCGAUAUUUUAAAAAGCAUGUGAGAAUGCACAGCGGAGUGAAACCCUAUGAAUGUAUGGAAUGCGGGAAAGCCUACAGUUGUUCCACAUCCCUCCGGGAACACGAGAGAACGCACACUGGGGAGAGGCCCUUCGAAUGCCAGCACUGCGGGAAAGCCUUCACUCGCCACGCCUCCCUUCGAGGACACAUGAGAACGCACAGUGGGGAGAGAGCCUACAGAUGUACACAGUGUGGGAAAGCUUUCUGUUGGCCCUCGUCGUUACGAAAGCACGUAAGAAUGCACAGUGAGGAGAAGCCCUACGGAUGUCAGCAAUGUGGGAAAGCCUUCUGGUACCCCGCAAACCUGCGAGGACACAUGAGGAUACACGCUGGGGAGAAACUCUGAAUCCAGGGACCGUGGGAGAGACUUCAUUCUCUCUUCAAACUUGUAAUGUGAGCAGCACACUGUAGAGGAAACUUAUGAAAGGGAAAAUGUGGGAAAACCUUCAGCACUUCACUUAUUUUGUACAUGAAAACUCAGAGCACAACAGAAAUCUUUUAACAGAGAUAAAUAUGGUUUUGCCUUGGUAAGUGCCUCAUCCUGAAUAGGGAUCCCAGUGUAUUAAUUUCUAGCUCAUGUUGCUGAUCUGAAUACUUAAGAUAAUAACUAUCCCUCUAUGUUUACUUCAUCUGUACUACUUAUAUUUUUUUUCUCCAACUUUAAAUAAUCAUACAGUCAUAUAAAGCUUGCCUCAUUUCCAUUACAGUGUCUUUUUUUUUGGCUGCCCUGCUCGGCUUGCGGGAUCUUAGUUCCCUGACCAGGGAUCGAACCCAUGCCCCCUGUAGUAGAAGCACAGAGUCCUAACCACUGGACUGCCAGGGAAUUCCCAUUAUGAUGUCUUUUGAACCCAGGGGUGAUAAGUGCUUUUCAGUUUUUGGGUUUUUUCAUGUGUAACUUGGUAUAAUUUUUAGGUGAAAAGUUUUUGAUUCUUACUUUGCAUUAUCUUCCUAGUAUGUGAUCGUGAUAUGAGGUCUGUAUUGUUGAAAUGUCUUUCCUGGUCCACUGUUACAGAUACUGGAAUUAUCUGACUCAAUAUUUACCCUCCCCUUGCACCUUCAUUACUGAAAGGUGUGUCUUCCAAGUUGUUUGUUGCUAGCAGAUACCAUAUUUGUGUUUCUCACAGAAAUUAGUAAUUGUGGAAGGUCUUGGGAAAUAACAUUCUCAUCUGAUUAUGUUUGUAAUUUGGCCUCUGUUCAUGUCCAUGAUCUUGGCUGGAAAUCGGACAUGAUAAUUGAGUUAAGAAGAGCAACUUUCUGGCAUGAAGAUGAAAGCUCCUGUCCAGACGGUUCUACUGAAUUGUGUUGUCAGCUUGGGUAAGGUGAGAAACUGUAUAUCCAGAGUCCUUCUGUUAGUGGUUCUGAGUUAAAGUUCUUAGGAUUAGGAAGAAACAUGAGGUCUGGAAAGCAGAAGUGUGGAAACCAUGAUUCUCAGGUCUUCUGUACCAUCAGGAGACAGAGAUGCAUGGCAACCUGGUGAGCCUGAGUUCCAGCACCGUUUUCUGACUUCUGGCUCUGCGCAUGUGAAACAGUCCCAAUCAGACACGUUUGAUGAACCCAACCCUGUGGAUUUCUGAUUACAGAAUCUGAUCCAUGAGGGGAGUUUAUAGAGGUUACGUGUGGAAGCCAGGACCCCUAGAAAAUGGAAGAGAAAAUGUUGGCGUCUGGUUUGAUAACUUACUUGACUGACCUGGCUGGUGAUCACGAGCUCCUACCUGGUUGCCCAACAAGCCCCUGUGCACUGGUCUGUCUGUAUAUGGUGGUACCAAACCCUGGGAGGAAUGAUUUCUUCACUGUGCCUUCCAGAUCUCAUACGAGUUAAGCUGUUGGUGAAUUGUAGCCUGGAAUCAUAAAGACGGGGAUCCUGGGAAACAUACCUCCCGGCCUUACCCUCAGUGAAACAACAAUUCAGCAGAAACAUAUCUACCUUUAGAUUUCAUUGACUUUUCACAGUAGUACCAAGAAAUGUAGCACAGUGGGGAUGAGAGGGAUAUGGAGAUGGAAGUUUCAUUCAUUCAUUCAUUCAUUCAUUCCAGGGAAUAUUAUAGCAGAAGAGUAAACUAUUUCAGAUAACACUGGAAGUUGAUACCUAAAUGUAUUAUUAAAAUAUAUACAAACCCUUAACCCUGCUGGUCCAGUGGUUAAGACUCCACGCUCCCAAUGCAAGGACCACGGGCUCGAUCCCUGGUCAGGGAACUAAGAUCCUGCAUGCCACAUGGCGCAGCCCCCCCCAAAAAAUACAUACGUAUAUACUGACUUCAGUAGUGUGUCCUCCCCUGCCCCACCACCGAUUUCAUGUCCACCUGGCAUCACUGACACAACCUGAUUUGGAAUAAGGUCUUUGCAGAUGUAAUCAGGAUGUGGUCAUAUUGGAUUGGUGUAGGUCCUAAUCCAAUGAUGUGUAUCCUUAUAAAAAGAGGGAAAUUUGGGCACAGAGACCUUCACAGGAGACAGACACGUCUUCACCAUGUAAAGACAGAACAGAGAUUGGUGUGAUCUCUGUACAAGCCAAGACAUGCAAAGGAUUGUUGGCAACCUCCAGAAGCUAGAAGAUAUGCCUAGAACAGGUUCCUCCUCAGAGCCUCCAAAAGUAGCCAGCCCUGCUGACCACUUCAUUUCGUACAGCCAGCCUCCUAAACCAUGAGAAAGUAAGUUUCUGUUGUUUAAGCCACCAUGUCUCCAGUGCUUUGUUAGGACAGCCCAAGCAGACUAAUGUAGUUCCUAAAGAGGGAGUGGGCCUUGGAUAUUUGAAGGACAGCCAGAGACCAGUGUUUCUGGAGCAGAAUGAGCUGGUGGCCAGAACAGCAGAGGUGAGAGGAGAGCAAUGGCGGUGGGUAGGCACAUCAUGUCCUGAUGCACUGACCUGCCGUGGUGCACUGACAUUGGCCAUGAGUGACAUAGAGCCUAAAAGUGGCCAGAUGAGGCAGCUUUACAAAGUCCCUGUGUUACCUUGAGAAUAGACUCUAGGAUGUUGUCACUUAAGGUAGUGGAUCAGAUGGGGUUGGUAGCAGUGGCAAUGAUGUGCCAGGUUGGAGCCCGGAUGUAAUUUGAAGUUAGAGCCAUCAGAAUUUCUUGAUGGCUUGAAGGUGGGGUGAGAGGAAGAGUCAAGAGUGGCUCUAUUAUUUUGUGCAGGAAAAACUGGCAUGAUGGUAUUGCCAUCAACUGACAUGUAGCUCAUGAGCAAUGGAGAAUAUUGGUGGAGUGUAAGCAGUUGAACUUGGAGUGUGCUGAGAUGAAGAUGAGAUAAGGGCAUACUAAGGCAGAAGAUAAACAUAUGAGAAUUUUAUUAGAUUUUAUUACAAUUUAAAAAAUAUUUUAGGGACUUCCCUGGCGGUCCAGUGCUUAAGAUUCUGAGCUUCCACUUCAGGGUGUGCAGGUUCGAUCCCUGGUCUGGGAACUAAGAUCCCACAUGCCCCGUGGUGUGACCAAAAAAUAAAAAUAAAAACAAAUUUAAAAAAAUAAAAACAUAUUGUAAGAGAAUGUUAUUACAAACAUUGGUCCCAAUGGCAAAAAUGUGGGAAAAAAAGCUGCUAACAGUUGAAUCGGUACAAGAAAAUGGUAUAGUCGUACAAGCAUAAAAAUACAUUAAUAAAAGUGCAUAAAUUACCAAGCUGUGGACAGCAAAACAUUUUUGAAUAAAAGACACUUGAUAGGGACUUCCUUGGUGGUCCAGUGGUUAAGAAUCCACCUUCCAAUGCAGGGGACGCGGGUUCGAUCCCUGGUUGGGGAACUAAUCCCACAUGCUGAGGGGCAGCUAAGCCCGAGUGCCACAACUAGAGAAGCCCACGCGCCGUAACGAAGACCCAGCGCAGCUAAAAUAAAAAAUAAAUAAAAUUUAAAAAGUGGACUGUUAAAGCUAAUUUUAAAAAAAACAUGAUAUAAAAUGAUACAUACCAUUUGAUUCUAUUUACAUACAAUAUAAAAUAGGAAAAAUUAUUGAUGAAACUAAAAGUAAAUGAAAGGAAAUGAUUUUUAAAAGUUUGGGGUAUUGGUAACUGUGAGAGGGCGGGAUGGGGCUUCUGAUGGGGCAUAAACCCAAGUGGGAUGUGGGGGGUGUGACAGCAGCCUCCCUGUCUUGUAUGGAUUGUGACAUCAUAUGUUUAAAAAAAGGAGACAUCAGGCCCAAAAUGUAGUCACUUGUGCUGAAUCCCAUGUCAGCAAGCCAAAACUUACUACCUAGCCAAAUUGCACUUUCAAUCUUUCCCAGGAGUGUGACCUUUAACCAGUCAAUCUGGGUUUUCCUGCUCAGCACUAGGGAGGUAAUCCCCUUGAUAGGCCCCCUCCAUCCCCCUUAGGAGGGCGGCAUUGCCUGAAACCAUGCAUUCUUUGCUAAUAAUUUCCUUUCCACUUUUGAAAACCUUUCCUCUUCUAAAGCUCAAUGAUGCGCCUUUCUACUUGCCAGAUGGGACCCUGCCCAGUUCAUCAACUGUUCAAUAAAGCCAAUUUGAUCUUUAAAUUUACUCAGAGAAUUUUUGCUAUUUAACAGAUUUGGUGGCAGCAGUGGGAUCAAAGGACUUUCCAACAGUAUUCAGAGAUGACCAGAAACAGAGGCAUGGGGGACUUCCCUGGCGGUCCAGUGGUUAAGACUCUGCGCUUCCACCGCAGGGGGCGAAGGUUCAUCCCUGGUUAGGGAACUGAGAUCCCACAUGCCGUGUGCCAUGUGGCGUGGCCAAAAAAUAAUUAAUUAAAAAAAUACACACACACACAGGCGUGGUACCAGCAAACCUUUUUUCUUUUUUUUUUCUUUUUUUUUUGCCAUCAAAGUUUAUUUUUUAAAGAUCAAAAUUGACAGGUUAGUUUAUUACAUAACAAUAGACCACAAUGCUUCUUUCAGGUAUAACAUAUUCUUUGUAUUAAAUAGAUACAGAGUUAAACAAAAUCUGCACGUUCACAUGCAAAAAUCCUCUAUGACCUUAGUCCUCAUUAUCUGUCCUAGCUUGAGAAGAAAAAAUGUCAUUUUCCUUCAAGGAUUUGUAUGUGGAUCUUUGGCUCCACUAGCUGGUAGUAAUUUAAACGUGAAUGAAAGUGAAGUGGGGGGAGGGGGGCGUGGCUAAGGAUACAGAAGCAUGGAGAAGUGUCCUACCCUAGAAUUAAAACCCUCUUUAGGAAGGUUGAAUCCAUGUGCUUAGGAGAAACUGUGUGUAUUGGGAGUUUAUAGAUCUCCAGUCCUAAUCCCCAGUUAGUUCUACGAAGAGCCUAACGCCCUCCAAUGUUGUGAGGAAGGAUUCCUUAACACCAACAGAAUAUCCCCCAGACAGUCUCUCUCUGACCCCAGCUUCUCUCAGUGCUCUCUCCUAGCUGUUCCCUAUCAUAUUUUAGGGCCUCCCAUGUCAUCAGACAGCCUCUAGGUCUUUCUGCUACCCAUUAGCUUGUAUAUCUCUUGGCAUCACAUCCAGAGACCAGCUCCUGGCAGUCAGGGUCCAUUCUGAGCCCUCUAGUGACAGCUAAACUGAUCCACAGCUAAUCCCCUUCAGAAUUUGGGGGGACCCUUUAGAGCUGCAUCUGGAAAGAAAGACUGUGGAACAUUUGUAUCAAACUCAGAUGUCCUCCUUGAUCCAGAGCCAAAGAGGAGGUGAGGAUGGAUGUAGCUCUCAUCUUCUAGAGAGCACCACUCCUAGGAGAAAAUAGAACUAACACUCUCUCAGUUCAAAGUGGGUCUUAACGGUAAUAGUUAAUGGUUAACGGUAAUAGUAAUUGUCAGCAAACCUUUUUUCGAGUUCACUGUCUUUCUCACCGUUUCUGAGGGCUGUGGAUAAGUUCCUCUCCUUUCUGAGCUCUGCUCUCUGCUGUACUCCCAAUCGAAUUGACUUUCCAGUCACGGGGUUAGUGGGUCAGCUUGAGCUGGAAGAUGGUUCCAUCCAGAACCCUAGUCCUUAGUUCAGUCUGCACUCUCCUGCUUGCUUGGAAUCCCUUUCGCAAGUUGCACCCUGCAUUUCCCCUUUACUGGGGUUGCUGAUACAGUCCCUUCCCCAGUUCCAGUCUAUUGACCCCAUUUGCUGGAAUCUCCUUAUUUAGUCCAUGCUGGGAUUUUUUUAAUUUGGCCAUGCCCUGAGGCAUGCUGGAUCCUAGUUCCCGACCAGGGAUUGGACCUGUGCCCCCUGCAGUGAAAGUGCAGAGUCCUAACCAUUGGACUGCCAGGGAUGUCCCCCAUGCUGGGAAUUGCUGGUGGUGUACACAGACUUCUGCAGUAGUGUAUCUUGGUUGCUGUUGGUUUGUUUUGGUGAAUAUGUUUAUCUUGUUUUGUGUAGAUAAAGGCUACUGCUAACAUGGAUCUCAGAAACCAAAAAGCCACAAAAAUUGGUGGUCACAGAUCAAGAAUUUAAGAGCUGUUAGAACACUUGCCACCUAACUCAAAGACUCCCAUGUUGGGAGAAGUUGGUCACAGAACGGGUUGGAAUGGUACAAGGUCCCUUGCCAAACUCAAGAAAAUUUCUAUGCAGUGUGGUACAUUGUAAACUACCACAGUUUCCAACUGAGUGGCCUGUCCCUUUUAGGUAUUAGUUUGACUCCAAGUGACCGAAAGUAUAAGAAAGAAGUAGAAGGAGGGAGGGAGGGAGGAAAGAUACAUACAUACAUACAUACAUACAUACAUACAUACAUACAUGAGAUCCUUAAAUCCACAUGGUUAAUAAGCAUGCCGCCUUCCAGUACACCUGUUAGGAACUGUGGUCCCAGAAGCUAUAAAUAUCUGUAAAAAUGGCAAAAUCUUACUGACAACGACCUACAAAUUUUGUGUCCUGAGAACAUGGCUUGGGAGCCCCAAAAUAUGGCCAAACCGAAAUGUAUAUUAAUCUCCAUUUGCAGCUAGGGUCCUACCAAACUGCUGCCAUUCCUCAGGGAAAUUAAAACCUAGCGUUACAAUGGCUGUUAUAAGGAACAUUCCAAUUAGAUAAGAUCAUUUAAGAAGUGCACUUAAUAAAAAAUUUUAAAAUAAUAAAAAUUUUUAAGAAUUAAAAAGAAAGUGCACUUAAAAGUGAGGGCUUCCAUGUGAAACAAACAGAAUGGGAUACCUAUUUUAAUUGGCAUGUAGGGGCCUCCAAAAGUCAAAAAAAUUUCUUAAAAAUUCAUUACAAAAGGCUAAUAGAAAAUUAAAGCUAUAAGAGGUACCUAAAACAAAACUCAUAAAGACAACAUUGAACA